AUGACUCGAGAUACCCGCCGCCCUGAGAAGGGAUCGCAGCCCGAGACCAGCCUAGACGCCGAUUUUCUGGCUGCCCUUUGGGAGGACGCGCCGUUUGCACGCCUGCCUCCCGAUGCGCCGCCCGAACUGAAGGAUAUGGUCCAGACCAUCGAGAACCCGAAGCGUGUCUACGCCAUCCACCGUGCCAGUCGCCGUCACAACUUUCAAAUCCUUGUCGAGAUAUACAUCCUUCAGCUGCGAUAUGGAUGCGACUCCAAGGCAUGUACGACCUCGACCUGUUUCUCCUGUCGCAAGCGCCUCGCCGGCAAGGCGCCAAUACGAAGAUACAACACCACGAGCGCAAGGACCUUGGCUGUUUAUCUCGCUAGUCAGGACAACCCGGAGACUGGGCUCUGUCCCUAUCUCAAGCCCCCGAAAGAUGCCCCGGCCGCGCUAGGCUCGCUCAUAUUCUCACCGAACCCCGCUGUGCCGGCUUUUAACGAUCCCUUCUCGAAGCGCUCCGUUAUACCAAAGGAUACAAGACGGCGGAAAUCGAGCUCGGCUGCCAUACCAAAUGGUGAUGACAGCAAGUCCCAAAAGGCUACCCCAGAUGCCAAGGAUACGGGGCGUCAACCAGCCUCUUCCUCGAAGGAGCGAUCCCAUUUCGAUUCGACGACCGGCGCCGCUAAAGUUCCCUUCAAGAUGGCUGAACGGCCCGUCAGCAAGGACUAUCGUUCGUUUGCUGCCAACGUCUUUGGAACUGUUGCCUUCAAAAUGCUGGAAUGGCUUACUCCGGCAGGCCUGGAGGCCAUGUCGGAGAAGGUUGCCGCUCUAGAGGCUGAUGCGGCGCAAGGUCCCUCGAGGGACGACGCCCAAAGAUCGCAGAAGCCGUCAGGCCAGUCGACACCUAUGCAGCCAAUACCUCCCAUCGUAUAUGCCGACAAACCCUCGAGCGACCUGCCCCAGCCGACAACAGACCAAGGGCCGGACGCUGUUUUGGACCAAGCUUCCCAAAAGCUACACGGUUCGAAUUCAGCCAUGUCCAACUCGCGACCCAGCAAGCCCAAGAGAAGCUCAAGCGCCAGGGUGAGAGCCAACUCGAAGCCAACUCGAAAGCUUUCCAUCGAGCCAUACCCAGCGUCAUCCUUAUCCGAGGACGUCACCUCAGGGUUGGCUUCUCCCAGAGCGUCCCACGAAAAGCCGCCGAGGCCGUCUAAAACAUCACACGUUAAUCCUUACGCCAUCCCAGAGAUACCCUCGACACCCUCGUUUUUUGACAAUGUACCCCCACAAAAUCACUCCGUGACGAUUGUUCAGGAGCCAGAAUCGCAACUCAAGACAAGUCCACGCAACGUUAGAUCCCCCGCAGAGGCUCUUCAUCCACAAGAAGCCACACCAGAAGCUCGGUGUGCGCAAGCAGACCAACCAACAACCGUUUUCAAACAGAGCGACGAGCCGGUUGACGUAUCAAUUACCGACAACAUGCUUCCCCAAUCACUGACUUACCUCAACAUCGAAAUCGUUGAUCUCGUGUGUGACAUUCUGCAGGACGACGGCACCUCGGAAUCUCACCUUUUUGAUCCUCCAACAAUCACCAGCACGUACUCCGGGCUCAAGGACCAGGCUCCAAAGAUGCGACGGAAACAUAAUCCUCGAACCACUUACCCCAAGCGACUUCGGAGGCAGUGGAAGCUGUUCAUUGAGCAAAGCCUGUUCAACAUUUUGAGCGAUCCCGCCACUUUGGUCUCGUCCUUUGUCAAGGACGACGAAUUGCUCGAUUCUCACACAAUCUGGUACUGCAUGCUGAGGCUUACACGAGUGGCUCCCAGUCUCGUUUUCCACAGUUUGUGGAUGGCUGCUGGUAGUCUCUUUGGCGCACCCAACUCACUCCAGUCGCUACGCUCUCCCACUACUAAAGUCUUUCGCCGAACUGAUCGACCUCUUGCCAAUCAGGAGGCCGGCCAUCUGCUCUCAAUAUGCCUCCACGCAUUGGUAGCGGCGGCACCGUUGAUAACGGACUCUAGGAUAUUGUUUGACAUGUCACGGAUCCGCUCAAAUGGUCUAGUUCUGGCGGGAAGCGGAGCUCUGGCGCGACAGCCUGCUUGGUUGUGUCUUUUGUAUGAUGACGCUUUCUCGAACGAUUUGGCACUCAGGCUUGCGAGACGACUUUUUGCGGCCAUUUCUGCACGGAAGUGCUUUGCAGACAUGGCCGCGCAAAACGAUGACGUCGAGGACAACGAUCAAGAGUUGGAUGCCCUUCGGCCCCUCAUAUCCCAGCUGGACCUUCUCAACUCGUACUCGUCUUCGAACCCUGAACUGGGGCAGCUUGAAACAGCUGGUCAUGAAUCAAGGGUCUCGACUCUGCUUCUAGACUGGGCCAAGACUGUCAUGCUUCAAGAGUGGGAUGGCCAGCCUGAAAUCUUAUGCGAUGGCUCAUUUGGCGGAGCUUUGUCGUUGAUUGCUGCUAUGUACGAGAAACGACAAGACCUGCUUCUGGGAGAUGUCCAGUUCCGCGUGGACUACUUUGCAGAGAGGCUGGACUCGAUUAACAUGCCAGUCGCCUGGCUUACCCAUAUCUCUUCCGGGCAGAAGAAGCAUCUGCUCGACUUCCCGUUCAUUUUCGAUCCAUCUACUCUCGUUUCAUAUUUCAGAUCUGUCAACUUCUCGAAGAUGAGCCGGAGCUACGAGGAAUCCAGCUCUCUUCAGACGCGGAUGAAAGCGAUCGUUGCCCCCGGAGGUCUAAUCACCAAUCCCCACCACAAGCUUGUUCUGCAGGAUCUUCUGAAAACGGCUUCUUCAAAGUACUUGAUUCUCGAAAUCAGCCGCAAGAACGUCAUAAGGGACGCAUUCGAUCAGCUUUGGCAACGGGAGGAUCGAGAACUGCACAGACCCCUGAAAAUCCACCUCGGUGAAGAUGCCGGAGAAGAAGGAUUCGAUUCCGGUGGAGUUCAACAGGAAUUUUUUCGACUCGCCGUUGCCGAGUGCCUCAAUCCGGACUAUGGCGCUUUCACGGUGGAUGACCGAACUCGUAUGGCUUGGUUCGUUCCUGGAUCCGUCGUACCAGCAUGGAAGUUCGAAAUCCUUGGACUUCUGGUGUCGCUAGCUGUCUACAAUGGCCUGACGCUGCCCAUAACUUUCCCGAAAGCACUUUACCGCAAACUCUUAGGCGAGCCCGUGAACGAGUUGCAUCACAUCGCCGACGGGUGGCCAGACCUCGCCAUGGGAUUGACAACCCUUCUCGAAUGGGAUGAGAGGCAGGGUUUGGUGGAAGACGUUUUUGCACGAACAUACGAAUUCUCGGUUUCGAUGUUUGGACAGCCGAUUUCUCGUGAAAUGAAUGACCAAGCUCGCAGUUGGCCACAAUUCGAGGCCACGAGGGGCAAGUCGCCGGUAGAUGAGAAUCCCGAGGACGCGCCACUCGUGACCAACGAGAACAGGAACGCGUACGUGAGCGAUUACAUCAAGUACCUCACGGAUAUUUCCGUUCGCCCGCAAUACGAAGCGUUCGAGCGCGGAUUCCGGGCGUGCCUACACCCCAAGGCACUUCGACUUCUGACGCCUCCCCUCCUCCAAUCACUCGUCGAGGGUGUGCAAGAGAUCGAUAUAUCUGAGCUUCGCAGGUACACGAGAUACGUCGGCUGGGACGCCAGUCACCGUGGCGUCCGAGACUUUUGGUCGAUAGUUAAGCGCUACGACGAGAAGAUGAAGAGACGUCUUUUGGAGUUCGUGACGGCCUCGGAUCGUGUGCCCGUCGGAGGCAUGAAGAAUCUGCAGUUCGUCGUACAGAGAAAUGGCGAAGAGGAAGGCGAGGGAGGACAUUUGCCUACUGCAUACACAUGUUACGGCACGCUUUUGCUGCCCGAGUACAAAGACAAGGACGUUCUGAGAGAGAGGCUUGCCAUGGCGUUGGAAAAUGCGCAGGGCUUCGGGUUUGCCUGA